AUGCAUAGAAUGUCCUCCAAGGACCAUGAUGACCAAGAUACCUUGACGGAGGAAAUUUCAUCGUUAGAGCUGAAACGUCAAACCUUGUUUGCGCGACUCAAACACUUGGAGGAAGAAAACUUGUCCAACAAAAAAAAAUCCCUUGAUCCAAUCAAGAUUUUCACCCAACAACCUUUUCAAGCUCCUUCUCUCAACUUUGAACGUCUCUCGGGCAUUUCCUUUUUCAUUCCUCAUGACCCAGAAGAGCAAUCUAGAAAAAAAUUGCUUGUAAAAGAUCCAAAAAAUUUUCACAUUGGUUCUGCCCCUUUGAUUCCUCUCUUGGGUGUCCGGUUUGAUUUUAUGAUGCAUCCCAUGCAAACCAUGUUUCCUUCUCCAACCUCCGAUUCUUCCUUCCAAUACGUCCCUGUCAAUGGAAACACCUUUGAAGCUCCUCAUUACAUUAUUUUCCGUGUUUUUGAGGACGCCCUUUCCCUUUACAAAUACACCAUCCCAAACUUUUUUCGUCUAGACGCCUGGGCCGACGACUAUUUGACCUCAAAGCACCCUGAUCGACUGCGUCUCUUUCUCUGGAGAGUUCAUAAAUUACUUACUGCCCAUGCUUGCCGAAAAAAUCUACUUUCGCAACUCAACGACACUUUUCAAGAACACGCUUCUAUACAAAUCUCCGCUGAUUUGACUUACACUCACGUUGAAAUCAACAUACAAGAUCAAUGGAAGGCCAGAUUCUUUUGCUUUAUGGACUCGACCCGCAUCCAACGUUGUCAAAUCUUUGAAUGCCGUCCUACAUGGCACAGGGAUUACACUAUGGAAGCAACUCUCCUUUCUGAGGAUGUAUGGUUAGAUAUUUUACAUAGAAAAAUCAAAACAUUCGUCUAA